AUAUAACUACAAAAAUUUAGAGAGUACACACAUAGCAAAGUCAAUAAUCCAACGCUAUGUCGUCGCCAGCCGUAACAUUUGCCGGUAAAAUACCGGCGAUCAUCGUGUUUGGCGACUCUACUGUUGAUGCUGGGAACAACAAUUAUAUCCCAACUGUUGCGAGAAGCAACUUUGAGCCAUAUGGACGGGACUUUGUUGGUGGAAAGCCGACCGGUCGGUUUUGUAACGGAAAGAUUGCGACGGAUUUUAUGUCCGAAGCCUUAGGGCUUAAACCAAUAAUUCCGGCAUACUUGGAUCCUUCUUAUAACAUUUCAGAUUUUGCAACAGGUGUCACAUUUGCUUCUGCUGCCACUGGCUAUGACAACGCCACUUCUGAUGUUCUGUCGGUACUACCUCUAUGGAAACAACUCGAAUACUACAAAGAAUACCAAACAAAACUUAAAGCAUACCAAGGAAAAGACAGAGCCACAGAGACUAUAGAAAACUCUCUCUACCUCAUAAGCAUAGGGACCAACGAUUUCCUCGAGAAUUACUUUGCCUUUCCGGGCCGUUCUUCGCAAUAUUCCGUCAGUCUUUACCAAGAUUUUCUAGCCGGAAUCGCGAAAGACUUUGUGAAGAAGUUGCAUGGACUUGGUGCAAGGAAGAUCUCACUAGGUGGAUUGCCACCAAUGGGAUGCAUGCCUUUGGAGAGAGCCACCAACAUUGGCACAGGAGGCGAGUGCGUUGGACGGUACAACGACAUAGCGGUCCAGUUCAACAGCAAGCUUGAGAAGAUGGUUGAGAAGCUGAGCAAAGAGCUUCCUGGUUCCAACCUCGUUUUCUCAAAUCCCUAUGAACCAUUUAUGCGGAUCAUCAAGAACCCUUCCUCUUUUGGGUUCGAGGUGGUGGGAGCGGCAUGUUGCGCGUCAGGGAUGUUCGAGAUGGGAUAUGGUUGCCAAAGGAAUAACCCAUUCACAUGUACAAACGCAGACAAGUAUGUGUUUUGGGACUCAUUUCACCCAACACAGAAGACUAAUCACAUCAUGGCCAAUGCUCUCAUGAACAGCACAUUCCCUCACUUCCUCUAAAUGGUUUUUAUGUUUGUGUGUGGAAACUAGAUAUAAGAGUAAUAUUAUUAUUAGGGAUUGCUUCUCAUAUUUUUGAUAUGCACUCUGUAUGUAUUUAUAUUUAAGUAGAUUUUGCUUUUGUGUUAGUUAGCGAAACCUAUGUUUCUUUUCUAGAUUAUGGUGUGCCUAUGUGAUUUUAUUCUCUUUAGUUCUUCAUAUAUCUAUGUUUCAUUCCAUUAUUACAAUUUUGGAGCGGUGUGUUAUUAUUUCAAAAUAAGAGCAUUUAUGACUU